CUUUAUAGUAUGUAUUAUAUUUAUUUUUUGCUAUGAAAUAAUUAUAUUUAAGAAUACCUAAUUUCUCUACUACAAUGUGCUCAAAAAAUAUUACGAACGAUAGAUCUAGUUUCAGCGGAAAAAUAGAUGAAAUACCAGGAAUAUAUGUGGAUAACUUUAAUAUUAUCAAUAAAAGAGCUUAUUUCCUAAGCCACUGUCAUACAGACCACACAGAAGGUUUAUACAAGGAGGAAUUAUUAGAUUUUUUGGAGGGAAAUAAGAAUACAUAUAUUUAUAUGUCGGAUGCAUCCGCGCAUAUAGUGGAACAUGAAAAUAAUAAACUGAAAUCUUAUUUGAAGGUUCUGUCAUUAGGUGAACCAACAGUGGUGGAACUCCGUGCAGUGCCUGAGGAAAACUUAGAAGAAUGCAUCAUCACUGUAACCGCUGUACCAGCAGGUCACUGCUUGGGUUCCAUCAUGUUUCUAUUCCAAACUACAAGAAAAACAAUUCUAUACACAGGGGACUUCAGAAUAUCGCUAAAUGAUGUCAAGAAGUACAGAGAAUUUCAUAAGCCCUCUGAUCGUACUGAACCAAUAGGAGUUGAUGCAAUGUAUAUAGACACAACAUUUUAUAACAAAAACUAUGAUGAUUUCAUGAAAAGAAAAGAUGCAAUUGAUUACCUUAUUAAAGAAAUAAAAGAUUGGUUGAACAAAGAUAGGAAUAAUCAGAUUGCUCUAAGUAUAUCAGCCAAGUAUGGAUACGAGAAGGUGUUUAAUGAUAUAUAUAAGAAACUGCAGGUAAAGGUGUAUGUAGGUGACAGUAUUUGGAAAUUGUACAGGAAAAUGCCAGAUAAAGUGAUUGGAGUUACAAAUGAUGCAACAAACACUAGAAUACACGUCUGCUACAACAAAUGGCCGCGGCAUUCCCACGCAAACUGUGUAAAGACAAACACUGAAGCCAAUUACUUGUUUGUUCGGCUUUCUGCUAUGACAUGGAAGAAUUACACAUCAGAGGAUGCACCCUUUGAAAUGUGCGAGCGAGAUAAAAGACUAAAUGUAUGUUUUUCAACUCACUGCAGUCGGAAUGAGUUAGUGUAUUUCAUUAGUUAUUUUGCCCCAAAGAAAGUUGUUGGUUUCCCGAACCCUUAUAUGGGAUGUGAAAAGGCUUUAGUUAUUAAAGAGAAUGUAAGUGAUUUCACGUUUCCGCCCAGAAAAAGAUUUAGAAGGUGAUAUUCCCUUGAUAUAAACCAAAAUGUUAAUUAAUAUACUAAUCUAUACUCUAUACAUAUAAAUAAAAUUGGAGUAUCUGUUUGUAAUAUUGAAAUAACCGUCUUUUACUACAUGCAUAUGAAUAUAAAUACGGUACAUUUACAAUUUUUGUCGGUCUGUUUGUUCCUAAUCUUUGAAAUGGCUGGACAGAUUUUACGGGACGUUUUUUGGUAAGUAGCUAAUGUAAUAAGGACUAACUAAGGCUGCUUUUAUUUUAGAAAAUAAAGUUAAUUUCCACGCGGAGGAAGUCGCGGGAACAACUAGUAAUAUAUAGAAUAGAAUAGAAUAACAUUUAUUAC